AUGGGGAUCACUGUGAUAAAUGGGAAAGCAGAAACAGUUGACAGAGCUGCAGCAAGUUAUUCACAGACAAUUUUUGUUGAUCAAUCCGGUCGCGGUAAUUUUAAGAAUAUACAAGCAGCAAUCGAUUCUGUUUCAUCGAAUAACCAGAAUUGGGUUCGUAUAUACGUCGAGCCUGGAGUUUACAGAGAACAAAUUACGGUUCCCCGGGAGAAACAAUUUAUAUACCUAGCAGGGAAAGGAAAAUGGAAGACUAGUGUAGUUUGGGGAGCCUGUCAAGAACUCGACACCAGCGCUACCUUUAGCGUUUUCGCGGAUAAUUUUGUUGCUCGGGACAUAAGUUUUGUGAAUUCUUGCAACUACCCCUGGAAUCCGAGCAUGUCCCGAACUCCAGCAGUGGCAGGACGGGUUCAGGGAGACAAAAAUAGCUUCUACAAUUGUGGUUUCGUUGGAUUACAAGACACUCUAUGGGAUUCUUUAGGCCGACAUUAUUUUUCUCGUUGUUCUAUUGUUGGCGCUGUUGAUUUUAUUUUUGGCGCUGCACAAUCUAUGUACGAGGGAUGUACAUUGUUGUUUAAUGGAACGGCUCUAGCAGGGCCAGGAUACAUAACAGCACAAGCAAGAGGUAGUGCAGAUGAUCCGAGUGGCUUCGUGUUCAAAAAUUGUGUCGUCGAUGGCACUGGAUGGACUUACCUGGGAAGAGCCUGGAGACCAUAUGCCAGAGUCAUAUUUUCCAGCUCUACAUUCUCCAAUAUCAUUGUUCCGACUGGUUGGGAUUCGUGGUAUACUCGCCAUGAUCAACUGAAUCAAUUAACGUUUGUCGAGGAUCUCUGUCACGGACCGGGAUCAGACAACAGAAAUCGGAUCAAAUGGGAGAACCAGUUAAAUCAGGAACAACUGCAGCAACUCACCAGCAUUUCUUUCAUUGAUAAUGAAGGAUGGAUUGGUCGCCAGCCUUUCAACAUGCUGGCUCAUUAG